AUUGGUCACUAAAUUCAUUGCGCACUCAAUCGCGGAAGUGAAAGUGCAGAAUCGUUUAUAUUUUUAAUAUCGACUGGUGAUCAUAUUAAAAGAAUAUAAAGAUAUUUUUGUCUUUGUAGCAUCGCCAUAAUGGCAGUGGCAAAUCCGAAACAGACAAUACUUAAUCCAACGAUUCCUUUUGCUGGGACCAUUCUGGGCGGACUUCAUCCCGGAGAGAUGGUGCUUAUUCAGGGCAGUGUGCCGAGUAAUGCUGACCGAUUCCAGAUUGACCUGACAUGUGGGAGUAGCAUAAAGCCUCGGGCAGACGUGGCUUUUCAUUUCAAUCCUCGCUUCAAGAGCUCCCCCUACAUCGUCUGUAAUACCCUCCAACAGGAGCGCUGGGGAAAAGAGGAGAUCCACUACGUGAUGCCCUUCAAACACAAUGCUGUCUUUGAGAUCAUCAUACUUGUAGAAAAAGAUUUGUUCAAGGUGGCAGUUAAUGGAUCUCACCUGCUGGAAUACAGGCACAGGUUGGAGCUCAAGAAGGUGGACACGCUGGCCAUAUCUGGAAAAGUUCGAAUUGAGGCCGUUGGAUUUAUUCCCAGUUCAAGUCCCGUCAUGUCACCAAAUAAAGCCGAGAGCCAGAAAUCACAGUCUCAUACCGUCAUAUCAGAGUCAGGUGACAUGAGUCUUCCAUUUAAAAGCAAACUUGCCAAAGGAUUGAGCGCAGGAAAUUCCAUAAUGGUGAAGGGUCAGAUCAGUCAUUUCCCACACAGUCUCACUGUAAACCUGCGAGUCGCUGACUCAGAGGACAUUGCUUUGCACUUAAAUCCUCGAUUCAAGACCAGAGUCUUUGUUCGAAACUCCUUUCUUUCGGGGUGUUGGGGCUCAGAGGAGCUUUCACUUUCCAGCUUUCCCUUCGCAGCCGGACAAUACUUUGAGAUGAUCGUCCUGUGUGAAGCUCAGCAGUUUAAAGUGGCAGUGAAUGGAGUCCAUCAGUUGAUUUACAAGCAUCGUGUGCAGGAUCUGACUCGGGUGAAUGAGCUUGAGAUUCUGGGUGAUCUAGAACUGAUGGAUGUCAAGAUGUGGUGAGAAACUCCAGCCGAAGAACAAAUCCAAAAAAAUCCAAGUGCGCCCAGGGCUCCAGCAAUCGAAACCGUACUAAACUCCACUAAUUUAACUUAAAUGUGGACUACAUCUGGUUGCACUUUUAUUUUACAAUCACUGGCCAGUCCAGUCUGACUAAACAUCAUACUUCUCAACUACGUUAUUCAGCUACCUACCUUGAUUUUUUUUUGUUCUUUGUUUAUGUGAUAAAGAUCUGAUACAGUAUGUAAUUCUAAUGAAUCUAUUAACACUUUUGAUAAGAUGUCAUUUGAAUGAUAUGUUGCUCUGCAAAGGUCAGCAGAUGUGUCUGCUCAUGGGUGCUCACAAACAGUUCAGUUUCGGCAGCAUAAGAGAAUGUUGGCGAUGUGAUUGUGAGAAAAAGUUAAGAAAAGUUUAACUUUAUGCAAAUGAGGUCACUGGGACAUAAAUAGGUCUUAAUAUUUACCAUUUAGAUACAGAUAUGUAUACAUUUUGUACCAGUAUGUACCUCUGUGGUACAAAUAUGGACUCUUUAGGUAUAAAUGUGUACUUUUUGAAAGAGUACCAUCCCAGUGACAGCUUUUUUUGAGAGUAUAAAAGUGAAUAGGUUGCACACACAUGGUCUGAAUGUAGGCAAGAUGGAGAAGUUUCUCAAAUUCUGUGUUUUCCGUUUUCAUUUUUCUGGAUUCUGCUUUUUAGUAUUUCAGUAAUCAAAGUUUUAUUUAAAAUUGCAUAUAGACCGAUGUAUUUCGGCUGUCACAAUGUACUACAACUAUGCUAUUGACAAGCAACCAAAUGUUUCGUUUUUCUUUUAAUCAUAAGACUAAUACUCAUCUUGUUUUAUUUUUCAGGCAUCUGUAUUAAAUGUAAAUAUAUUGGUUAUAAAGUUGUCUGUCACAUUCUAUAAUUUAACAUUAGCAAUAAAUACAAAUAAAAAACUG